AUCUCAAGCAUAUACCUUUUCUCUCUCUGGAAUUGGCCGACUGCCAGUGUAUGUAAAGGGCGCAGCUGGGUUGGUGGGUCUGGCUAGGCGUUGCGUGAAGGUGUGGGGUUUCAUACUUACAAAUCACUGUCUCUUUCUCUCUCUCUCUCUGUCUGCAAAUCACCUCCUUCUUCUCCGCCAACUUUUCUCGGAAUAAACUUAGUAUCAAUUUUGUCUGCCUCGGUUUCUUCGCGAUCCGCAUUUUUGCACCCAUUCCGCCAUUGCCCCUUGCCCUAUAUAUACACAACAACCACCAAGAUCUCUCCUUUAUCCUGCGGCUUUUCUUCUGCUUAAUUUUUCAGAAUGGCAACAGCAGCAUACCAAGUACUUGGAGCAAUUCAAUCCGGUGGGUGCAUUAGUCAUUGUAGCUUCCAGCAGGACUCUAGAAAUGCUGCUUCAUUGAAGUUAAUCUCAAAAGGCGUCAGGGUUGAUAUAGGAUUCGGGGCGAGAGGGAGCCAUUGCUUGAAGAAGCGAAGCUUCAGUGUAAUUCAAGCCACGGCGUUUCCAACAGCCAUGUUUGAUGUCAUAUCCUCUCCAUCUAGUACCACGACAAACGAUUCCAAGAAGAAAACAAAGGAAGCUGCUUUGAUCCUAAUAAGGCAUGGAGAAUCUAUGUGGAAUGAGAAAAACUUGUUCACUGGUUGUGUUGAUGUGCCUUUGACCAAAAAGGGCGUGGACGAGGCUAUUGAAGCUGGGAGACGAAUCAGCAACAUACCUGUCGACAUGAUCUACACAUCUGCUUUGAUUCGGGCACAGAUGACUGCCAUGCUGGCUAUGACCCAGCACCGACGCAAGAAGGUGCCAAUCAUCACACAUAAUGAGAGCGAGCAGGCAAGAUCAUGGAGUCAAAUAUUUAGUGAAGAGACCAACAAGCAAUGCAUCCCUGUUGUAACAGCAUGGCAAUUAAACGAAAGAAUGUAUGGGGAAUUGCAGGGUCUUAAUAAGCAGGAAACAGCAGAUAGGUAUGGAAAGGAGCAAGUCCAUGAAUGGCGUCGCAGCUAUGAUAUACCUCCACCGAAUGGUGAAAGUUUGGAAAUGUGUGCUGAAAGAGCUGUUGCCUACUUUAAAGAGAACAUUGUACCACAGCUUGACAGUGGGAAAAACGUAAUGAUUGCUGCCCAUGGAAAUUCGUUGAGAUCUAUCAUUAUGUACCUGGAUAAGCUAACUUCUGAAGAGGUCAUAAGCUUGGAACUCUCUACUGGAAUUCCCAUGCUUUACAUUUUCAAAGAGGGAAGGUUUCUUCGCAGGGGAAGCCCCGCAGGGCCUACAGAGGCGGGGGUUUAUGCUUACACCAAGACUUUAGCUCAAUACAGGCAAAAGUUGGAUGACAUGUUCGUACAGUGAUCUCGUGCGAGGGCCGAUUCUCAUUGGAUAUAGAACCGCAUUUUUAAACUAGUGUCGUAUAUCAGUGUAAUAUGGGAGCAACAGAGGAGUCAGCUAGUGUUUUCAGUGUUUUUUGUAUCUGUUAAUCUGGCAAGAAAAUAGAUUGUAAUGUGCUAUACAGCCCUGGAUAAGACACCUAGUGAACUGCUUUAUAGUGUUGCCUAUAUGUGUUGUUAAGUAAACAAUAAACUCUCUGUAUUUUGUUGUUUACAUUCAUUUAAUUGAGUUCUGAUUUGUUCUUAA